AUGAUAUUGGACGAAGACACCUCUGAGUCACAUUUCUACGAGGCGUUCCUUGUGGGUAGCCUGGAAAUAAGUCAAGGUGCCGUGACGUCAUUCAUUCGAAUCAACGAAGAGCGUAGAAAGGUACAUGCUUAGUGAAUUGUUUUUAUUUGCCGUUCAGUUUUAGGAUAAAUCACCAACAUAUUUGAGGUAGGUACCAGUAAAAAAUGAAUUUUUAAAUAUUUUCUCUUUGCGGGGGUUGGCGGAAGAUGUCGAGAAAAUUUUGAUUUCAAAGAAUUCAUUAAGUCAGGGCCAAAAAUGGCCGUCGUUUCCGUGGUUCAGAAUUAAGUGCCAUUAGUAGUGUUUUCUCAUAUUUAACCGGUGAUAGAAUAAACUGUACUACCUUUAAUGAUGGUCAUGAUUUUUGUUUUAGCAUGAUCAGUUGGCUUAAUCGAACAAUUUGGACCUCAAACCAGAUUAAGUAUUGGUACAGGAAUUAUUUGAUUUACUGUAUUGACUCAGACUUCUACUCUCAUUUUCACUGCCUUUUUACAAAGACACAGAGUGUGCGGCUAAACUUCAGAAUACCCCGCAACUUUGGUCCGCCUCACUUACAUGUGUCGGGAGGCUUUGAAGAUCGAGGCAUAACACAAUAGACGAUAUUCUUAUUCAAUGACAUGUAAAUGAGUUGCGGGGUAUUCUGAAGUUGCUCCUUUUUUAAAAAAGACUUUUUGGCCAAAUUAAAAUCACGCGUAUGGAACGACAAAAAGAAAACAUAUGAAAUUAUAUGAUAAGCUGGAAUAGGCCAUUUCACAGUUGUGUACUUAGUUGCCCAGCCUUUGUUUUAGAGCGAGGCUGAAGGUGACUAUGUUUUGUUAGAGACCAGCAUCUAGUUAGCAUGGUAUCAAAGUACUUUACAUUUGAAAAGCAGCAAGGUUUGUAUCAUGACAGGAUCAACUAUAGCCUCACUCCUAUUCAAAGGCUUGGCAAACCACUGUAAAAUGGGCUACUGUACGUGUGCAUUCUGAUUGGUUCUUACCUAUGAUCUAUAGGAGGACAGACACAUGGAUGACAUCGCUAUUGACAUUUGCUUCUGUAUUAUGUAAAAUAAAUAGAUUCCAUGUUGGGGUGGCUCUGUACAGUUACUGUAACAUAUUGUAGAAUAUUUCAAAAUGUGGUAGAAGAUUGGUGGUACACUAAGCAUCAUGUGCCACCUUUUUGUUCUUACCAUGUCUCCUGUGAUCCAAAACUGAGCAGACGUACAGCAAUAUGAAAACCAUGUGAUAAUUAAAUAAUGAAAACUUCCCAUUUGAGACACCAAGAGAGAAAUAAUUACAUAACAAAUGGAUAUGAUAAUAAUUGCCUUUACCAUACUGCGUUGUGAAGAAAAUUCUGUAAAUCAAUGACUGCUAAUAUUAUUUUAUAAUUUUUAUCAGUUUGAAAUGGCUCGUGGUCACCAAAAGUUUCAGUCCCAACAGAAAAAUGCCCAGAAGCAGGAGAAGUUGAAGAAAGCCCAAGGACAUGAUCAAAAGUCAGCAGCACUGAAGGCAUUAGUCUUCACAUGCACUGUAUGCAAGGUACAGAAAAUGCUGACUUUUCACCCUUUCACUCCCAAGAUCUCAUUUUUAAUUCUCCCCUCUGUCUGCUAUACUACAAUACUUAUGGUGAUGGUUCUAAGAAUUUGGCAUUGGAUCAACUAAUAACCACUUAAUUAAAUUUUUUUAUUUAUUCUCAUUACUUGUCUGCUUGAUAUUGGAGUGAUUAUGUAGGGAGAAAUUCUCUCUAGGUCACUCCUGGGAGUUAAGAAGUUAUUAACCUAACAUGAGGGGUCAAGGAAAGAUUUGUCAUGUUGAGAACCUACACGUAUGUCAGUGGACAAAGAUAAAUAAGAAAUUUUGAAGCCUGAAUAUGUGUAAAGUAUGAUUUCUGAGAAGAUUAUCUUUUGAAUUCAGUCACAGAUGCCUGACCCUAAAACUUACAAACAACACUUUGAGAGCAAGCACCCUAAAGCAGCACUGCCUCCAGAGCUGGCUAGUGCGUAAUGUUCAACAUGGUAAGAAUAAUGUAUUUGCAGCUGAUUCUUACGUUUGCAUGCUUCUUAAAGUUGUUAUGCAUUCCCUUAAACCCAGACACCAAAAAUCCUCUUCAUGCUUUGUGAGCUGCUAUUUAUGGUAUAGAAGGUUGCUUGGUUGUCUAGACUGAACUUCCAGACUACAUCAUACUUUGCUAAUGCAAUUACACUUAGUCUAGCCUUAGCAUAUGUGCAUGCAAGAGCUUUUACAUCAACUCUGAUAAAGUGAUUAAAAUGACUUUAUCAGAGUUGAUGUAAAGUUGAUUCUGAUGAGCAAUGAGCUCUUCUUUUUGUUGACAUGUUUAGUUGGAGAUUGUUUUAUCUUCUAAUUAUGAGGAUCAGUGACUGUUUUAGUUGCCACUCUUUAUCCCUUCAAGCAUAGUCAGCUAAGAGGUUUGAGGUACUAACUGGCACUUUAUUCCAAUUAUAAGAUUGUGUCGAAAGAUCCUGGGUAUGCUGAAGGGUAUGAAAAAGGAAAAAAAACUGCUCAGGACACAAUAUUCCAUAUUUUCUUGAUUGUCCCCUAAUUUUACUCCACUCCAUUCUGUUACCAUUGUUUAUGUAAUUUAUUGUUUUAUUUUCUCUUUUUUUUUUCAGUUUGGUGAUGCUCUGGUUAAAAUCACAUAUAUUUUACAUUGAGGAUGGAUAAGCAUACAGUGCUGCCAGGGUCUGCAACAACUAAUUUUGAAACUUUUGCAUUUAAGUUUGGGCAUAUUGUAGUCUUUUUCUAAUUUAACAGGCUGUAUUUUGGGGGCUGUGGGAUCAUUAGACAGAAGUUACCAACCUUUUUUUUUAACUUUACUAGUUUUGAUUUCUGUAUCAGUAUUAUUUUUUUUCUUAAUAGCAAUAAGUGCUAAAGUAGAAAACUCAUAUUCUUUGGUUAUGAGGUGCAAACAAAUUGUACCAAGGGAAGUUAUUUAAUAUUUUAACAGAAAGAAAUCAAUUAGUGACACCAAGUUUCUUUUUUUAAUGGCAGUGCUGACAGCCAGUGAUUGAGGGAACUUGAGAAAAUUGUCUUACCAGUGAUUUACAUGAGGCUUAAUCAGUCCUUUCACUGUCAAUUUCUGAAAGCUUUUUCUCCUCAUUGGUGUCUAUGUAUUUAACCUGGUUGUUAUGGAGAAAUUUGGUGUUGUUUCACUACAGUCUCCCCAGUAUCAUCACUGGUUUGCUUGGAAUUGUGUAAUAUGUAGAUGGGGAAUUAACAUGCAGAUCACACCCCAUGGAUUCAAAGAACAAACUGUCAUCACUAAGCACAGCAAUGUUUUCACAUGAAAAUACAACACACUUUUAUUGGACAUUGUUACAACGAAAAGAUAAGGCAAAUAACUUUCUGCCAUAUUUGCUGAUCAAACCUUGAGUCUUGAGCAAGAACUCUUUUAGAUUAGACCAUUUUGUUUUCUUCAAGAACGAAAACUGAACAAAAUGAAGGUCUUGUUGGCCAGCAUGCAUUAUUAAGUUUUAACAUCAUAACUAUUGCACCAUAGGUAAGAUAGGGAAAAGACAACAGUGCUGGAAACUGAUUGAAAACAAUAUAACUUUCAUGUUAUGGUGCAUGGGUUUUGCUUGAACCUUAAUACAUUUGGCAACAAUUUAAUAGUUCACUAAAUGCCAUGUAUUUCCUUUUUACUUGAGUCUGCAAAUUUAUAUUUCGAAGGAUUACUUGGAAUAAAUGGACUUCCUGAAUUAAUUUCUGUUUCAUUUUUCGUAUUCAAGUGAUAAACAUGUCCUUACAUAAACCUGUUCUCAUUUAAUAAAUGAGGUAUAUUUUUUUUAUCUGUUCAUUAUGAUGCUAUUCUGUUCUUUUUAACUUAUAAUCAAAACUAUGACAAAAUUCUGGAACAUGAUUGGUUAUAACCUGCCCCAUUUGAGCAGUAAUAGGAUGGUGUAUGCUUCAUGCUUGUAAUUGGACAUUGUUAAUAGCACAGUUAAAGGGACAGUAAAACACCAUGCCUAUGUAAGUGGACAGAAUGCAUCAUGUGCGCUUGCUGUUGUCUUACAUGUUGCUGAGGUAACUGAUGUUGUUUUUUUUUUUUCAUGAACACGUAUAACAGAUGUUAGGUUCCAUCUCAAAUUUUGUCAUAGUUUUGAUUAAUUGGUAACAAGAGUUUGUGUUGUCCAAUUUUGUCAGUAAUCAUACUCAUGAUAAACAAAUCAAUCUCCUAUUUUGCAGUAGGCCUAGUUUGUUAAUCAUUCAUAUGAUUACAGAUUGAAUUGGACUUCACUCAGUCAUAUUACCAUUAUAUUAAUCUUAAAAUUUUGAGAUGGACAAUAUUUAUUAAGUAAUAACAAGUUAACUUUAUUCAGAAUUGAAUGUUUGUCUGAUGUGAGUUCUUUGGUGGUGGUAAUGUUGUUGAUGUUGGUCACCUGGCCAGUUUCAGGUCAGCAGAGACAAGUGUUAAAACUGGCAUAUGAUGCUAGGCAAGAGGAAACAGCAAAGGCCUUUUUUUCCCCUGACCAAAACUCUAACACACACUAACUGGCACUGUUUUUUUUGGAGAAGUACAUGUUUGAACAGAAAUGAUUUCAUCUUCCAAGAAAAUGGGGCGAGGAAGCUAUACCGGUAAUAAGCCUUUACAUACAGAGAUCAGUAUACAUAUUCUCCAUACUGUUCUCUAUACAUUUCUGAAGGUG